CGCUCCGUGCGCCGUCUGCAGAGGAAGAGACCUGGGGGCAAAAGGAUGGCCUCGGAAGGGGAGAGCAUCAAUCUUCAAGGCGUGAAUCCUCAGCUCCGGAUUAACGGGCCGAUGAACAUCAACCACUACGCGACGAAGAAGAGCGUGGCGGAGAGCAUGCUGGACGUGGCACUGUUCAUGGCAAACGUCACGCAGCUCAAAGCAGUGCUUGAGCAGGGGGCUUCCUUCCAGUACUAUGCCACCCUCAUUGUGCUCAUCAGCAUCUCCCUCUUCUUCCAGGUGAUCAUUGGGAUUCUCCUCAUCAUCACUGCUCGUUUGAACCUGAAUGAUGUUGCAAAGCAACCCCGCCUGAAUAUACUCAACAACACUGCCACAGCUCUCAUCUUCAUCACGGUCAUCCUCAACAUCUUCAUCACAGCCUUUGGGGUGCAGAAGACUGGCCUCUACCCUACCAGGAAUUUUCGACCUUAUUAAGUCAUGGGGCAAUGAAGUCAGGAUCCAAGCAGCGUGGCUGGCGGGGAAAGCUCUCCUCCUCUACGUUUUCACUGACCUCAGCAGGAGCCCAUCGACGAAUCCAGAGAACUGGGUUAAACUUCCAAAACUGUGCGUGUGUCAUGGUAUACCGGCCCCUUACCGUAAUGCUUUUGCAGUUCUGAAGGGGUGAAAACAUUGCCUUUCAAAGCUAGAGCAAACUUUGCUAGAGAAAGCUGCAGGAACAGCAGCAGGUACACAAUUUCAAAGCACAGUUCUGUAAAUCUCAUCUCUUAUUUUAGUUGCCUGCUUCACAUAUUCAAUAUUGGCUCAUUUUGUAGAGAAGACUCAACGAUUUACUUUGUAGGCUAAAUAAACAAGAAAAGUCCAGCUUUUUUGUCUCCAGCAUAAGUUGCUAUACUUAAAGCAACGCUAUCUAAUAGUUUACCUCCUAAAUGUUGGAACAGAUUUCUCAAACUAAAAAAAAAGUUCUCAUGGGAGGAUAGAAAAGUGUGUGUAUGUCAACGUAGCUAAAACCAGUUCAAAUGUUUUCCUAGUUGUUUAAAAUUAAAUGUGACACAGUUAAGAAAACAAUCAGAUAUUUCCAGCAUUGGAAAAUUAACAAUGACAGAAAAUAGAUAUUAUGGUCUGAUGUCAUCGCCAGGGACCUAUCAGGAAUGAUGUCAGAAUAGCCUGACAAUAUUUAGUAGAAAAUGAAGAAACAUUAUACAUAAGGAGACACUCUAGGCUUAUUGCCACAAUGAGAAAUGACAGGUUCAUAGUGUAUUACUUUAUUAAAAAAUCACCAUUAUAAUUUAAGGUCUUAUCACUAACGUAAAUGUUUUCAAAUAUAUCAUUUUUAUAUUGACAAUGCUGGGAACUCUCUUGUGCU